AACCCUUUUACUAUAAAGGAUUAUAGUUACGGAAGUUAGAAACAAAAGAAGUCUAAAAAACUAAUUGUCAAUAUUUAAUUUUGACGUAAUGGCUGCUCCUAAAGCUACGACGAUAAAAGAAGCUAUUAAGCGCUGGGAGGAGAAGACUGGUCAGCAUGCAGCGACAGCGACAGAAGUGUGUCUAGUUUUCCAAUGGCCACCGAUCGAGAAAAUGGACAAUACAUUGGCGAGUCUUUCUUGUUGCGAGAAACUUAGUCUAUCAACGAACAUGAUAGAAAAAGUAUCAAGCCUAAACAGUCUGAAAAAGUUACGAGUACUCUCUUUGGGGCGUAACUACAUCAAAUCUUUUGCUGGAAUGGAAUGCCUAGGCGAUACCUUAGAAGAAUUGUGGCUUUCAUAUAAUUUAGUUGAGAAACUGAAGGGAAUCAAUGUACUGCGGAACUUGAAAGUUUUGUAUAUGAGCAAUAAUUUAGUUAAGGAGUGGAGCGAGUUUAACAAGUUGCAGGAAUUGCCAAAUCUGGAGGACCUCCUAUUCGUUGGCAAUCCAUUAUACGACGGCUGUGAAUUGGAUACAUGGCGGUCAGAGGCUGCCCGUCGCCUGCCCAACUUGAAGAAACUUGAUGGCGAGACUGUGUUGAGGGAGGACGACCCUCCACUAACAGUUGCUGAUAUGCAGCCGGAUGGUAGUGACGCGGUGGAGACUUUAGUCAGCGCAGAAACUAAUGAUUAGAAAUAUUUUAACGAAUAACAUAUAGUUAGUGUCAGUUACUGAUUAAUAAUCUAUGUAAGAUAAUCAGGUACAAUUUUAUAGAGGUUAUAGGACUCUUUAAACGCGUAGUUUUAGACAGUGAUUCCCAAAGUGGUCUAUAUCGACCCUUAAGAGUCUAUGACAACCUGCAAGGGGUCUACGUCAGCGAAAAAAACUUUGGGGGUCCAUGAAAUGAAAAUGGGGGUCCACGAUAGUGGAUCUCAACACAUACACAGAUAGUACGUAUUUACUUACAUCAUACUAUCUUAUAAUAUCAAAACAUAUACAUUAUUUAUAAAAGUACCUACAUAUGAAGUAAAAAAAAUAUUAUAUAUGUUUAUAAAAUUGUGUAAGUUGUAGGAUGUUAGUAUUCGC